AUGGGGGAGGGGAUGGGCAGAGACGGAGAGAAGGGGAGAGAGGAGGUGGAGGUGGAGAGAGGGAGGAGGGGAAGGGGAGAGGAGGAGGCGGGAUUGAGGGUUGCUGGUGGGGAGUGUGUGGGUGAGGGUGGGGCGAGAGAUGGGGAUGGGGAGGAGGAAGGAGAGUCAGCACGUAGGGAAGGGAAGGGUGAGAGAGAGGGCGAUUGGGGAGGAGGAUUUGGGAGGGCUAUGGCGGGUGGGGAACUUUUAAGGAGUGCCAUUGCUGGUGGCAGUGGGAGAGAGAAGGGGGAGAGAGGAGGUGUUGGGGAAGGAGGACAGGGGGAAGGAGGAGGAGGUGGUGGGGGAGGAAGAAGGGAAGGUGAAGGGGAAGAAGGAGGGGAAGGAGGAGGGGACGGGGAAGGAGGUGGGGGCAGGGAAGCAAGUCGUGUGGAAAGAAGGGGUGAAGGUGGAUGGAGGAAAAGGGAACUAGAAGGCAGAUUAAGCCAUGUGCUCUUAGGCUCUGGGGGCGUUGGUAGGCGUGACGCUGGGGGGGCAAGUGGAAGGGCGGAGGGGGGCACGGGAGGAGCAAUGGAAAGGGAGAGUGCAGGGGAGAAGAGAGACGAAGGCAGGAGUCAGGUGGAGAAGGGUGCAGAUGGGAUUGUGUUUCAGGGGUGGGGUUCGGGGGAUGUAGAUGGGGAGAGGUGUAAUGCGGUGGGAGGGGAGGGGGUUGCGGUGGUGGGGGGAAGGGAUGAGAGAGAUGGUGGGCCGUGGGAGGUGAUGGUAGUGGAAGGGGGAGGCGGCGGAGGAGGAGGAGGAGAGCAGCAGACACACAGUGGUAGUGGGGAGGCAAGGGAGGAGAGAGAGGUAUGCACGGGAUUGGAGGCGAAAGGGAAAGAAGGAUGGGGGAGGGCGGAGGCGGUAGAGGAGUGUAUGGAGAAAGGAAGCCAACGGGAGGCAGUGGCAGCAGGUGGAGAGGCAAGAAGGGACGUGCGAGAGGUGGCAUGCAAUGGGGAUGUUGCACGAGGGAGGGCAGAUUCUGCUGAUUCUGGCUUAGCAGAUCGUUCUCACAAGGGUGAUUUGAAAGACGGUGGGAGUAAGGAAGGAAUGGAGGCAGGUGGCGGGGAGGAGGAGGAGGAGACUGGUUUUGGGGAAGCAGCGGCGAGAGAUGCAGCGGAAGCAGACGCGCAGAGGGGAGAAGCAGGAAGGGAGGAGGGUGAGGGGGAAAGGGAAGGGAGCGGGAAUGAGAGGGGAGAUGGCAGGGGAGCGAGUGGGGGAGGGAUUGGGGAGUCAAAAGAGGAGGUGCAAGGUGUAGGAAAGGUUCAAGCAAUGCAAGAAGUGCAAGAUUUACGGUCAGUGGCAGCAGCAACAACAACAGCAACAGCAGGGCUUGCAGAGGGUCUGUGCUCGCUACUUCCAGAGCAGAAUGCGAAGGAGGGGGCAGUGGGGCGGGUGCAGUACAGGCGGAGGAAGGGCGGUUCUGGGUCCACACCACUCAAGAAGAGAGGCCCUGUGUCUCUUGCUGGUAUUCUUGUGUGCGAAUUGGAUGCUGCGGGUGGUGAUGGUGGUGCUGCUGCUGCUGGUGCUGGUGCUGGUGCUGGUGCUGGUGCUGGUGCUGGUGCUGGUGCUGGUGCUGGUGCUGGUGCUGGUGCUGGUGAUGGUGAUGGUGAUGGUGGGUUGCGGAUCGGUUCUGAUGGCCUUUCACGCUUUGCUGCUUCGGAAACAGCAGCCACGACAGCAACAGGCUCGGCAGCAGUCACUGCAGCAGAAGGUCGUUCCCCCCCUGUUCCAUCCCCCCCUCGCACGCUACUCGAUCAACAUGAGAGGGAAUGCGUGGAGGUGACUGGCAGGGCGGGGGAAGGGGGUGAUGGGGGUGUGGGAGCAGGGGAGGAGGGGGUGGUGGAGCAGCAGCAGCAGCAGCAGCAGCAGCAGCAGCGGAGACCAGGCUUGAGGAUUCACGCUGAAAAGAGCCAACAGGAUGGGAAGGAGGAAGAGGAGAAGACGAAGAGGGAGGAGACAGGGGAUGGGUUAGAAGGGAGGGUUGUGGAGCGGAGAGAGGAGGGAAGGGAAGCAGAGGCGUGCAUAGGGCCACUGCAGGAGGCGUGGGGGGAGAGGGCGGAAAGUGGUGGGUGGGAGGGCGGGGUGGGGGCAGUGGUGGAGAAGUCAGCAGUAGGGAGGGCAGCGGUGGGAGGGGCAGUGUUGCGAGGAGCUGAUAGGCAGGAGGAUGUGCAAGGAGCUGAAGGGCCGUCCAGCCCACGCAAGAGACUCAAACGCUCGGGCUCCUCUGUAAAGAAAGCCCCAAUCGAGGAGCAGCGUGCAGUGGUGCAGGCAUGGCGUGGCAUGUGCGCGCAUCCCCUUGCUGCCACCUUCUCUUGCCCGCCUCACUCGAAAGAGCACCCAGACUACACAUCCAUAGUGCGGCAGCACAUAGACCUGAGAAUGAUCGGCAGGCGGGCUUUAAGCGGCGAGUACCCCUCCCGCCAUGCCUUCUUCCGGGACGUGGUGCAGCUGCUGGCGAAUGCCUUUGUGGCCUUCCCCCAUGACUCACACCACUUCACUGCUGCACUCUCAUUCCGAGCCCACCUCUGCCAGGUGAUUGGGGUUGCUGGGUGUGUAGGGGGGAUGGUUGGGCGUGUGGGGGGAAUAGAUGGGUGUGUGAGGUCGGUUGGGUGUGUGUGUGGGGUAGACGGACUGGCUGUGUGGGAGGCUGACCGUGGAGCAGCGGGCAUGCACGCGUCCUGUAGCCACAGCAGCCGCGAAAGCUUCCCCUCAGGGGCAAGGGCAGGCACAGGGAGGGUGGGGAGAGGGGUGGCGCGGGGGAGGGGGGGCGGGGGUGAUGGGGAGGAGGGGUGGGAAGAGGGGGAGGAGGGAGAGGAGGGAGAGGAGGAGGGGGAGGGGGCAGGAGCAGGGGAGGUUGGGAAGGUUGUGGAUGAAGAGGGAGGAGAGGGAGGAGAGGGAGGAGAGGGAGGAGAGGGAGGGGAAGGAGGGGAAGGAGGAGAGGGAGGGGAUAAGGGUGUUGGGAGGAAGGUGAAGGAAGGUGAAGAGGGAGAGAGGAGAGGGAAGGAAGGCAGUGAGGAGGGAAGAGGGAUGUGCAGUGGAGGGAAAACUUGGAGUGGGGCAGGAGAAGGCACAGGGAAGGCAGGAGCACAGGGGAGUGAAGGAAGAGAAACGAGUAGGAGUGGGGAACAAGGAGGGCCAAGGGAGGGGGAGGGAGAAGGGGAGAGGAGAAGGGAGAAGGGAGAGGGGGAGCGGGGGGGAGAAUAG